AAUCUGCAUCAGAGACAGAGAGAGAGAGAGAGAGAGAGAGAGAGAGAGAGACCCUUCAGAUCCAUAUCAAUACCCGUGAAUUUUUCUACGAUGAACUGCUCCUGUUCUUGAUAAUUUUCAAUUUCAUACCCUAAGCCCUCGCAUUGUUCUCCUUUCCGUUUGCCAUAAAUCAUGCCCAAACCCUGCCCGCUCACCGCUCUCCAUUCCCUACAAUUCCCAAUGCAGCUCCCGUCCUUCUCCGGCAGCCCUGUUACUUCGCGCUCUUACUCGGCCAUCCUCCGCUGCCCGCCGAGGCCUCUCAUCUUCCUCACCGUCGUCGCUCUCUCCGUCACCUUCAUCUACUUCUCCGCCACCCCAAUCCUGUUCAAUGAGCGCACCAAGAAUCAAUGGAACGGCACGGCUCCGGUCGUCAUUCCCGCCGUCCACCCCCUCGAGACCGUCGAUCUGGGUAAUGAGGAAGUGAGAUUGACGCGGGUUCUAAAGGAGGCUGCCAUGGAAGAUAAAACAGUAAUAUUGACCACUUUGAAUGCUGCAUGGGCGUCAACAGACUCUAUCUUUGAUUUGUUCCUUGAGAGUUUCCAAAUUGGCAAUGACACUCGUUGGCUUCUUGACCACUUGGUGAUUAUUGCAUUUGACAAAAAGGCAUAUAUGCGAUGUAAGGCUAUGCACCCUCAUUGCUUUGCCCUUGCAACCAUGGGAGUUGAUUUUUCUGGUGAAAAGCACUUUAUGUCUGAUGGAUACUUGAAGAUGAUGUGGAGGAGGAUCGAUUUCUUAAGGAUAGUUCUUGAAAUGGGAUACAACUUCAUUUUUACAGAUGCAGAUGUUAUGUGGUUCCGAAAUCCAUUUCCACAAUUCUUUCCAGAUGGGGACUUUCAAAUUGCUUGUGACAGAUUUUUUGGAAAUCAUCUUAAUCGGAAUAACACGGCUAAUGGAGGAUUUAACUUCGUAAAAUCUAACAAUCGUACGAUUGAAUUUUACAAGUUCUGGUACUCAUCUCGAGACAAACAUCCAGGACAUCAUGAUCAAGAUGUACUUAAUAGCAUCAAAUUUGAUCCAUUUAUUGAUGAAAUAGGAUUGAAGAUGAGGUUCUUGAGCACUGCCUUUUUUGGUGGACUAUGUGAACCUAGCAGAAAUUUUAGCGUCGUUUGUACAAUGCAUGCAAAUUGUUGUGUUGGUCUCAACAGAAAGUUCAAUGAUUUAAGACUCAUGCUUGAGGAUUGGAGAAGAUAUAUGGCACUGCCACCUGCUUUGAAAAAUUCUAGGCUGCCAUUCUGGAGGGUACCACAAAACUGCAGUCUAGCUCCGCUGCAGCACCACAUGACGGGAUUUAAGGGCAGAAUCGAUGGCGCGCAGCUUACACCGUACAAACUAAAGGUGCUCAAUACUUCCAAUUUCAACGCAAACUAGGCCACAGGUAUACCUACAAACUGUCCCAUAAGGCAGAAGAGAGAGAGAGGUGCAUCAGAACUGCAAUUGAACAUACAAAUCCAACCAUUUAUGAAGUGCUGCUGAUAUUGCAUUUAUUUAUGCCCAACCAAAAUAACUGGGUCAGUGUUGGGCUUCAGUCUAAUGGUAUUGUCCCUUACCUCUAAGGUUUCGUUUGGGAUAGCUUUCGUACUGCUUUUCAAA